AUGGUUGGAAUAGCAACAGUUACUUCAAAUACAGCAUUGCAAUCUAUCACUCACAUAAAAAACACAUCUCUAAGACGCAAAUCAUCUAUUAACAGCAAUCAAUUAAACAAGAGCCAACGAGAUGAUAGUAAGAAUGCAUAUAUCGCACUUGACUUGAAGACAACAACAGCAAAUAAAAAUAAAUCAACAACUACAUCGAUAAUAACGAAAGCAAAUGGAAGAGAAGUAAUUGAUGCUUUGAAAGAGAAUAAAAAACGGGCCUUUGGAGAAAGCAAUUCAAAUAGAAAACACAAAUCAUUAUCUACCAAUGAGUUAACAAACUCAAAAUCAUUUACUACAACAAGUGAUGAUAAUCUGUCACUAACAACGAAGCAACGACAACAUAAAACAAGAGAUUUUUCUAUGAAAAGGCGAUCGACGAGCUGUCUCGAGAACAGCAAUAAUAUCAAUUUUAAUAAAAGAAGAACAUCAGUUUAUUCAAAUAGAAGUGCUGCAACGACAACUACGACUACAUCUGCAACAACAACGAAAUCUACCGUGAACGAGCAACAACAUUACGGUCAAACACCUAUAAGCAAGGUCUGGCGAUCACCUGGUGGAAGCUACGAGAUACCAAAUGUGUUUGGGAGUGAUUGCUUUCUUAAACCUAUCAGUCCUGUUACCACAAAUCACAAACCUAUUUCUCCUUCCUCUUAUCAUUGUAUAUUACGUACCUAUCCCUCGCCCAACAGUAACAACAAUAACAAUAAAGCCAGUAACUUCAGCGGUCAAAAUCAGAAGCACAGUAGCAGCAACAAUUGUAACAUUCCACCUUGGCGUCCAGCAGGCAAUUGUAAAGACAUACCUCAAUUACCGCCUUUGGCUCGACGCGUUGAAAAUGAAUUCGAAAAAAGAAUUCGAAAAGCGUUGCCUAAGCUAAUAUCUGUCUCUUCAUUAGACCCGAGAAAUAAAUAUGAUGGGUACAAAGAAAUAGGCACAGGAGUCAAUGGAUCAGUCGUUCGUGCUCGCCAUAAAUUUAGGAAGAACACAUUUUUAGCUAUCAAACGAUGUCGACUCGAUUCUGAUUUGGAAUAUCGCGCAGCUAUUGUUCGCGAAUUACGGAUCAUGGCAUCUGGACAUGUUAACCUCAUUCGUUUACGCGAAGUCUCUCUGUGGAAAGAUGAUGUAUGGAUGGCCAUGGAUUUGCAACGCUGUUCAGUUUUUGCAGUUUUAUGUCAACGUAGUAUUCCUGAACAAUAUGCAGUUUAUAUUGCUUGUGAAGCCCUCAAGGGUAUCUCUUACUUACAUUCGAAAUCCUUCAUUCAUCGGGACAUUAAAUGUGAGAACCUAUUGCUAGGUUGGCAUGGAGAGGUCAAAUUAGCUGAUUUUGGAUUGUCUGCAAGGAUAGCAGUGACAGAAAAGCAGCCCAUACCAUCACAUAAUAGCAGCAACCAAAUCAUAAGGAACAAUGUUGCACCACAGCAACAACAACAGAUUGUCACUACUUUGAGACGAAAUUGUGAACGUUUAGGAACCAGUAAAUGGAUGGCACCUGAAGUUAUCCGUGAACAACUUUAUGAUGAAAAAAUUGAUAUGUGGUCCUUGGGCAUCACUAUCAUCGAAAUGAUGGAUCGCGUCCCACCUCAUUAUUUGAUUAAAGAUGAGAAUGAAUUGUUUGCUACUAUUUUAAGUGAACCAAGCCCUAGCUUUACUUACAGUAAUCCAACUAUGUACAUGAAAGGCUUGGUGGCGUGGUUGUUGGAUGAAUCACCAGCAACACGACCUAAUGCUGCAGAUGUAUUACAGGAAAUUAAUGUUCAUGUGCAAAGCGGCUUAUUACAAUGCUCAACACCUAAUGAAUUAGCCAGAUUCGUUACGUAUGCUUUCGCAUCCAAAAACCCGUAG